GGGGCCCCGAAGGCUGCAAAGAUCGGUACAUUGAGCUCCAAAGAGAUGCUCUUCUUCAGUGAAUCAGUGUACGUCGCAGGUCACAGGUCUGCGUUUGUCCAAGGGUUUGGCGAUCGGAGACCAUUAAUGAGGGCCUGCAAUCUGCACAUGCCUGCAGCCUGACCGCUCCGCGCUCCGGACGAUGGAAUUGGGACGGGCACUCGUCGCCUGGAUUUAGUUCGUUGUUCCUGUUGUGAAGCAAGCGGUUGGGACGGCGCAGUUGUGUUCUGCACUCGUGCAGCCCCAGCCAGAGCCGCCGGCCCACCAUGUCGCGGAAAUUGAUUGUUGGAGGGAACUGGAAAUGUAAUGGAACUCAAGACGAUGUGAAAAGGAUUGUUGAGUUCUUGAACAAGGCGGAAGUUCCAUGCACAAACCAUAUCGAGGUGGUGAUUGCGCCUCCCGCCCCUUUCCUGCCCAUUUUGAGAAGUACCCUUCGGAGUGACUUUAACCUCGCGGCUCAGAAUUGCUGGACUGGCAAGGGCGGUGCUUUUACAGGAGAAAUCAGUGCGGAGAUGUUAAUGAACCUGAACGUUCCGUGGGUAAUUCUUGGACAUUCGGAGAGAAGAACUCUUCUCGGCGAAUCAGACGAGAUGGUGGCAGAGAAGGUGGCCUACGCUCUAAGUCAGGGCAUGAAGGUCAUACUUUGUUGCGGCGAGACAUUGGAGCAAAGAGAAAAGAAUGAGACGACGAUGGUUGUGGCCCGUCAAAUUAAGGCUGUUGCAGAUAAGAUUCAAAGUUGGAAUAACGUAGUCAUAGCAUACGAGCCAAUCUGGGCAAUUGGAACAGGCAAAGUUGCAACCCCUCAGCAGGCUCAGGAAGUACACGCUAACAUUCGUGCGUGGUUGAGCCAAAAUGUGGGCGAAGCCGUAGCGCAGGCCGUACGUAUCCAAUACGGAGGAUCCGUCACUGCUGCGAACUGUAAAGAAAUUGGCUCCCAACCAGAUGUCGAUGGGUUCCUUGUUGGUGGUGCUUCCCUCAAGCCCGAGUUUGCAGAUAUCCUUAACGCCAGGAUCAGUAUCCGUCAUUGAAAACCCGGAGGGAAAGUCGACGGAUCUAAAUGGGACAGACCAGGUAGUAUGUAGAAACUUUUGGCAGUCCAUAUGUAGCUUCUUAACUCGAGAAUUUUUUUUCCCGUGUGAGAGCACUGUAUAGGAAGUCCAUCAAAACGUCGUUACCCCAUGUUUCAAUCAGUUCUGAGCCCUGGAUCACAUUCAGUCUGAAGUUUGUGCCCUACUUACUCACGAACAGAUGCAAUGCAAUUUUUUCCUCCGAUUUAUUCGAUUAACAACAGCUGGACAGGCCAGACACAAUACUUACAAGCUGUUUGGCAAUAAGACCACCCGGUCGAUGAAAGUCAAACAGAUCUUCCACCCUCAAAUAAAAACUUGU